UUUGCUUCUAUGCCUGUGCCUUUGAGAGAUAUGAGAUAGCUAGCCAAGGUGUUCACUUGAAAACCCAGCUAGCUAGAGAAAGAGAGAGAGAGAUCAGAGAGAGCACGAAGACUCUAGGUUUUUAGUUUAAGAGACUUCACUUCUGUUUGCAGAAAUGGCCAUUCACCAGUCAUGGGCUUUUGCCUUUGGCCUUCUAGGCAACAUCGUUUCAUUUAUGGUUUACCUAGCUCCACUGCCAACAUUCUAUCAGAUAUACAAAAAGAAAUCCAGUGAAGGUUUUCAAUCAGUUCCUUAUGUGGUUGCACUCUUCAGUUCAAAGCUGUGGAUCUACUACGCGAUGCUUAAGAAGGAUGCAAAUCUUCUGAUUACCAUAAACUCGGUUGGCUGCAUAAUCGAGUCCAUCUACAUCAUGCUGUUCAUAUUUUAUGCAACCAAAAAGAUGAGGAUACAGACUGUGAAGCUUCUUCUCCUCUUAAAUGUUUUUGGGUUCAGCCUGAUGCUUCUCCUCAGUCUCUUCCUAGCAAACGGCUCAAAACGUAUCUUGGUUCUUGGAUGGAUUUGUCUGGUAUUCAACCUUACUGUAUUUGCUGCACCUCUCUGUAUCAUGAGACAAGUUGUAAGAACCAAGAGCGUCGAGUACAUGCCAUUCCCUUUGUCUUUCUUCCUAACCAUAGGUGCAGUGACCUGGUUCUUCUAUGGCCUUUUUCUCAAGGACUACUACAUUGCUCUUCCAAAUACAGUGGGAUUUAUCUUCGGAAUUGUUCAGAUGGCGCUCUACGUAGUUUACAAGAACGCCAACAAAAUUCUGGAGGAGCCGAAGCUGCAUCAUGUACCUGAACACAUCAUUGAUGCAGUUAAGCUGACCACAAUUGUGUGUUCGGAACUGAAUCCUGCAGCUCCGCUUUCAAAUAUUGAAACCGGCCAGAAAGAUAAUAUGAAUGACUCGAUCAAAGUUUAAGCAUGCAUUGAAGAUCAUCACAAUGUGUAGUUUUAUAUUAAUUAAUCCGUCCUGGCUAGUUGAUUAUUGUCUUUUAUGUGAAGUUUGGUUAAUUUGCAUGUUGCUGUCAAGGGAAUUAAUAUUGGUCAUUUGGUGUCUAGAUCUCCUGUACGCAGUCUCCCUCGAAGAUCCUCCUAGUCCAAUCAAUGUACUCGAGUCUUCCCUCAAAUUAAGCAAGGAUCUCUGUGUCUAAACAUCUCUCUGUAAUUUAUAAUAUAUAAAUCGUGUCCUUCUAUCUA